ACUCCUGACACAGGUGAGCGAUUCCAUUGAAAACACUCGCUUCUUUAGUAUUCAUUUUAAUCAGGACCGCUCCCACUGAUUUACAUUUUACCAAUUUCGGAACAUAGUGUGACCAUUUCGCCGGAUAGUUUUACGUUGUACCUGUGACCACAUGUGUAGAGUUUAGUUCGUGGAUAAAAGAACUAACCAACCUCUGUCUGUUCUCCGGGGCCAGUGCUCCGCCUUCGCCAAGACGGCCGCAGCCAUGGCUAGAAUGGGGCGUUGUCACCUGUGCCUCCUUUUUACCGUGCUGUUCAUGAUUCUGAUUUCGCUGGCACUGUUGGUCACGUGCAUUACGACAGAUUACUGGUACUUGGUGGAGACGGACUCCUCGGACUCCACCAUCCAGCGGAACUACUCGUACUCCAUCGGCAUGUGGCGCCGCUGCUACGACAACGUCAUUCCUCUCGGCGUUCCCGCGGAGGAUCGGGCCGGGGACUGUGUGUACACAUACAAGGACAUGACAAGACGGGCGGAAGACAAUAUGUCGUCUGAAAACUACAAAUAUCUAAGUUUAGAGCGGAGCUGGGUGGCACUGAUGAUCGCCGCGGCGGGGAUGCAACUGUUCACGGUGGUCGCCCUCAUAUUUGGGCUCUGGCCGGGCGACUGCAAGGCCGUGAAGCGCUCCACUCUCUACCUGAUAGCCGCACUCAUGACCCUUCUUGCUACAAUGGCAGCAAUAGCGAGUGGUAUAUGCUUUAUAGCCAUGCGUGAUUUAGACAAAACGUCACGAGCAGAGUACCCGAGCUCCGUGUCGACGAGUUACGGCUGGUCGUUUAUAGUGGCGUGGGUUGGGACGGGCCUCGGUCUUCUAGAGGCCUUUAUAUUUCUCGCUCUGCUCAGAAUCGACUACGAAGACGUGGCUGAGACCGGUCGCUACAAUAACAUAUAAUGAAGCUGGCCAACGUUACCACUCGUGUUGACUGUAUUCCAUUUCAUUGUUUCUCUAUCAAAAUUCGGGCUUUAUUGCAAUGGGUAGAGUCAAAAUAUCAAAAAACUUUCGUAAGCGCAUCUUUGUUAACCAGUCAUUGCAUUCAACAUCGUUUUCUGUAAUUUCUUUGACUUGUAUAGUACUAACGGAACAGCGCUGUUUGUCCUCUAUAGUGUUAAAGCUGCACUGUUACAGAUAUACCGUUUUUACAUUUUAUUUUUUUUGUCGUGGAAAGAGCAUUUUUUUGCGUAAAUAUCUGCAAACCAAUGGUAAAAGAUUGCUGACAAAAGAUCAGAUUGCAGAUUUUCAUAUUUCCGUUCGAAAAUUAAUGUUUUAUGGCUUAAACCGUUUAAGAAAAAUGAAUAAAACAUCAAUUUAUCAGCAGUCUUAUAUCUGGUUUCCAUGCAUUUUCGCAAAAAAAUGGCUCGUUACAAGACCAAAAAAAUAAAAUAAGUUGUCAAAACGUUCAACCUGUGAGAGUGAAGCUUUAAACUUGUUCAUUAUAAAUAUGCUGGUAGGUAAAGGUGUCAUGUUAUCUGUGUUACAUAACUGUUGAAAAUACUCAUUACUAUGGCUGAUUUUAGGGAUCAGCUUAUAUAUGUUCGAAAUACAUGUUGUUUUGAUGUCUAACUUGUGUAUCAUAGUUGCAGUAUAAAUCUAUAUAUUUAUGUUAACAUUUCAACUUACAAUAAAUGUUUAACUCA